CGGGGCCGCGCCGAGCUUGCGCGGGAGAGGCUGUCUCCCCGGCGACCCCCGCCGGCGCCGCGCGCCGCGAUGCCCCGAGGGUGCAGCGGCUGCGAGCCGAGCCGGGCUGGAAGCGCGUCGCCACGGACGCGGCGCCCCUCGCCAACUCGGUGACCCUUCGGGAGCCGGGACCGGAGCCCCGGAGGCGACGGUGGGGGCCCGCGCGGGUGGCGAGGUCCGUCUCCUCCCGUCCGGGGGCGGGCGCCGGCUGCGGAGUCUCGGCCUGACUCGCUGCCUCCCGCCUCUCCCCCCGAGCCCCCCGCGAGCUGGCAGAAGGAAAUAGCGCGCGGCCCCUUUAAAUUUACCCAGGAGCCCUUAAAGGAGCCCCAGGGGCCCCCAGACAGGAAUCCCCACCCCGGUCCAGCCCGCGCCGCCGAGCGAGCAGCCAGCCGUCCGUGCGGCCGCUGCCCCUGCAUGCGCCCCGCGCUCCGGCGCCCCGCGCCCCGAGUGCCCCGCGCGGGCCGCCGCCGGCCCCGCGCCCCGCCGCCCGGGGGCCCCGCUCCACGGCGCGGCGCAUGGAACCCGGCGGGGACCACCGGAGCCGGAGCGGCGGCGGCAGGGGCGGCCCCGGGCCAGCAGCGGCCUCGGCACGGGGCCGACGGCUGCCGCCCGCGGGAUCGAGCGGCGGCGCGGAGCCCGAGGACGACGACGGCGGGCAAGAUCUUCAUCUGGAAGGGGGUGCCUUGGGGUCCUGGGGGAGUGCCCCCCUACCCUCCUCCAGGUCCAGGGGACCACCAUCUUCAGGCAGGAAAUAUUCAGACCACUGUGAGGCCCGGGCCUCCAGGCCCGGAAAGAGCCGCAUCCCAGGCCGUGACCACAGGCGAUACUACCAUGACCACUGGCGGCUGGAGUACCUGAUGGACUUCAACCCUGCCCGGCACGGCAUGGUGUGCAUGGUGUGCGGCAGCUCCCUGGCCACGCUCAAGCUCAGCACCAUCAAGCGGCACAUUCGCCAGAAGCACCCCUACUCCCUGCAUUGGAGUCCCCGGGAGAAGGAAGUGAUCAGCAACAGCUGGGAUGCCCACUUGGGGCUGGGGGCCUGUGGAGAGGCUGAGGGCCUGGGGGUCCAGGGGCCUGAGGAGGAGGAGGAGGAGGAAGAGGAAGAGGAAGAAGAGGGGGCUAACCUCCAAGCUUGCCCAUCCAAGGGCCCAGGCAAAGCCCCAGCUGGUGGGGCCGGCAGGCGCCAGCGACGAGGGGGCCCAGUGGCACCCCGGGCUCGGCGCCAGCGCCACUCGGCCUCCCGGAGGGCCAGGGGCAGCAGGGGGCUGGGGGCUCGGCGCCUGGAACGGAGGCUGAAGGAGUCCCUGCAGAACUGGUUCCGGGCAGAGUGUCUCAUGGACUAUGACCCUCGGGGGAACCGGCUGGUGUGCAUGGCAUGUGGCCGGGCACUGCCCAGCCUGCAUCUGGAUGACAUCCGUGCCCACGUGCUGGAGGUGCACCCCAGCUCCCUGGGGCUCAGCGGCCCCCAGCGCAGUGCCCUGCUGCAGGCCUGGGGUGGCCAACCCGAGACACUGUCUGAGCUCACUCAGCCCCCACCAGACGAUGACCUCGUCCCCCAGGACCUGACCAGAAAAAGCCAGGACUCGGCCCCCGCUGCUGGAGCCCCCUCCUCUCAGGAUCUCAGUCCCCCAGACGUAAAGGAAGAGGCUGGCGGGGUCCCUGAGAGGCCCGGGCCCGCAGACAAGAAGGAGGAGCUGGAGGAGGGCGAGAGGGUGGGGGUCCCAGGCCGGUGGCCACGGGGCCGCGACCAUCGCCGCCACUACCAGGAGCGCUGGCGGCUGGAGUACCUCAUGGAGCUGGACGGCGGCCGACGCGGCCUGGUGUGCAUGGUGUGCGGGGGCUCGCUGGCCUCGCUCAAGAUGAGCACCAUCAAGCGGCACAUCCGCCAGCGCCACCCGGGCUCCACGCGCCUCAGCGGGCCGGUCAAGGCCCUCAUCGCCCAGGAGUGGAGCGAGAAGGCCGCCCACCUGCUGGCCCUGGGGCUGCCCUGCCCCGAGCCCCCCAAGGACCCUGCCGCCCCCAGCACAGCCGCAGCCUCCGAGGCGGGGGGAGGGGACCAGGAGGAGGAGCCAGAGGAGGAGGAGUGGUGGGGCGACGCCCCGCCUUCUCCCGGGGAGCCGUCGGAGCGGCCUGCGGAGGGAGAGGAAGACGAGGAGGACGGCCAGGAGCCCGGGGGGCUCGCCUUCCCGCCCCUGCCCCCGCCGCCGCCGCCGCCUCCCCCGCCCCCGCCGCCGCCCCGCAGCCGAGAGCAGCGGCGAAACUACCAGCCGCGCUGGCGGGGCGAGUACCUGAUGGAUUACGACGGCAGCCGGCGCGGCCUGGUGUGCAUGGUGUGCGGGGGCGCGCUGGCCACGCUCAAGGUCAGCACCAUCAAGCGGCACAUCCUGCAGGUGCACCCCUUCUCCAUGGACUUCACGCCCGAGGAGCGCCAGACCAUCCUGGAGGCCUACGAGGAGGCGGCGCUGCGCUGCUACGGCCACGAGGGCUUCAGGCCGCCCGCCCCGGCGCCGCGCGACGGCGGCGCGGACCUCAAGGCGGGCGCCGUGUGUCGGGCGUGAGGGGAGCAGCGGACCCGCGGGCCGGGCGGGGGCGGCCUGGCCGGGGAGAGCGCUGCCGCUGCCCCCCGCUGGCCGGGCCGGGCGGAGGUCGGGGAUCGGUGGGGGGCCGUGGAGUUCCCCGGGCUAAUCGGACCUCGCGCCCUGGCCCUCCCCGCACCGGGCCCCGCGUCUCCCGAGGAGCCACAGCCGCCUCCAGGCGUUUGCACCGAGAGCUCGCAGCCCCGGCCCGGCGGUCCUGUGCGGGACCGGGGUCGGGGCGCCGACAGUCAGUAUUAGGAGCCGAGUCGGGGCUGCGGGAAGGGCGGGGAGGCCGCGCCGCCCCUCCCCUGGCCGGGGGCCCGCUCAGCAGCGCUGCACGCCGGCGGCAGGAGCCCGGGUCAGGCCCGGCGGCGUCUGGGCCUUGCUCCUCGCGGCCGCUCGGAGGCCUGGACGCGGACGCAGACGCAGGCAGCUCCGGAGGCGGGGCCCGGGGCCCGCCCGGCGGGGAAGGUGCGCCGCACCCGGGCUGGCGGCUGUUCGUGGGCGGGAUGGAGCUGGUCGGGGCCCCCGGGCUGCGCCCUCCUCCCGCGGGCACCGCACGCUGGCGGCCCCACCGGCCUCCCGGCGCCCCGCGCGCCUGCGGGACCGAGAUCGAAAGGGAUUAGCACUUUUUCCUUUGCGCCUCUCCUGCUCUGGGGCCCCGUUCACCCCGCAGCUCAGGCGCUGCUGCCUCCCUGGGCGCCUCCGUGGGCCGAACCCGGGCACUGGAGGUCCCGGCCCGGGCGGGAGAGUCCCGUUCCCUCCCUGUCCCCCUCUGUACGCGGCGGGCGCCGCCCGUGCUCAGGGCCCAGGGCCUGGGGCCGGGCCUCGGCCUUCCUUUCUCUCCCCGCGGCGGGCCGGGAAGGGGCCCCGCCAUCUCCCAGGCAGGUCCGAGAGGGAUGUGUAGAUUCAUUCUCCUGUGGAGAACAGGUGGCCCCCAAAGCAGGCCCUUUUGCUCUUUGUAUUUUAUUUUGAAACUGUAUUUAAUGCUUUUAUAUGAAAGGGGAGGGGCGGGGAGAGAGCUGUCCCAGUCACCUUUGCGUGCAAAUGUCUUAUUUAUUAUGCGAGUAUCAGAGAUAAGCUGCGAGGCGGUGGAGAAAGGACUUAACGGAGUGAGGGCGGGGGGUGAGGGUCCCACACGUCCCACGCGGUGACUCCCGCGGCCCCAGCGCCUGCUCUUCGCACAGGCCGGUUCUUUGGGUCUGAAGGCCUGAGAGUGGAGGCAGCGGCUGCCUCUGCGGGCGGGAACAGCAAGGAGGAAGCCCUUCCCCCACCCCCGCCCCCCAGGCCAGAGCCCAGGGUUCAAGUGCUGCAGGCCCGGUCCCCUCGACUCUUCCUGAUUUGGGAAUUGGAUUUUAUACCACGGAUUUUAUAGCAUUUUUAUAUAAUUCAAGAUUGUCAGAGUUGGCAAGACCUUGCAGAGUAACUAGUGUCCGCCUCCACCCCUUUCACAGAUAGGUAAGAGGAAGCCCAGAAACUGAAUGAUCACAGCCAGCUAGGAACAUACAAAAACCAGAAUAAAAAACUCCCAGUUCAGUUUCUUUGCACUAUAUGACGCUGCCUCCCAAUCUCUGGUAAGUCAUAAAAAUGUUUCCACCUGACGGACCACAGGAUGGCCCGCGCUGGUGCUGCAGGCCUUCUGUGCAGUUAGCUGUGACCUGGGGGCGGAAGAAGGCACAGUCCCUGGAAUGACUAAGGCAGGCCUUGCCACGCAGGCUCAGCAGGAGGUGUGGGCAGCAGCCCUCUCCAGAACCUAAGUGGGUUUGACUGCUGCCUGGCCCAAGGCCUCCCAGUCCUCCCCUUAGGGCAAGGGCUCCGCCAUUGUGUGUGUGGGUGGUGUAGCCGCGGGGGCAUGGCCUCGCAGUUGACUGGAAAGUGAGUUACUAGUGUGUGCACCUCCAGGGUUUUUGAGGCAGUAUUACAAGCUUGAGACCAGGGAUUAUGGAUGGCACCAGGCUGGGCACUGCCAUUCUUUUAUUCUCCUUCACGCAAGCUGUUCUCAAAUCUAGAAUUAGUAUUCUACCACUUUUGCUACUCUGCCUGUUCAAAAACAGUAGGCAUAUUGGGGCAGCCUGUUCUAUUCACCCAAGCCCACUGCCGAAGUUCAGGUAAGCCAGGGCAGAGCGCGGGUUAGGCAUGGCGUUUCCUCUUGAUGGGAGUGGAAGGCGCCAUGGCAGCCCCAAGCACCCCAGGGGUUCUCCAAGUAGCCACCAGACCAGCAUUGUAUUGAAACUAACAGAAACGGAAAUGAGGAGGCCCCACCUGACUGCAUCAGACACUGGGGUGGGGCCCAGCAAUGUUUAGAUGAGCCCGUCAAUGAUCACAAAUGGAGCCCACUUCAACGCUGAGCACCAGCGAUCUAGGAAGGGCCAGGGGGUGACUCCUGCUUCGGCUGGAGCUAUGGCCUCACUGCCCAGGGCUCAGGGCGUCCUCAUCUCUAGGUGUAUGCCUCCUUGCCUCGGGGUCUGACGUGAACAGGUGACGUUGCUUCAUGAACUUUUUGUUAAUGGUAUGCUUGCUAUUAUGGCCAAUAUGUAAAUGUUACUCUGAAUACAUAUUUAUGUACCAUGUUAGUGACAUUAUUCGAACAUUUGUAUGCAUAUUUGUCAAGUUUGCAUCAGUUACUAUUUUUUUAAGUUUCAGCCUAAGUUUUGUAAGGUAUGUAAGUUUUAAAAACCCAGCAUAAGGGGCAGGGCAGUCUUAGUUUUGGAGGAGAGUGAGUCCCAGGUGACAGGUUGUUUCAGCAGAGACCCGACGUAUUUAGUUUCCGUUUUCCAUGGCGACUGAGUGCAUGGGCCGUGUGUGAUUUGGAAGCUGCUUCCUGUGUUCUGGGCGGGGACCCUCAGUUGGUGUGAGACUGAACGGGGGCGCAGACCCCGCUGGCCCUUCCACUCCUCAUCUUGCUCCUGAGGCUCGCCUCUUAGAGGGGCUCCUACUUCCUUUCAGAAACCAAAUGCACGUCCUUGCUGUCCUGUGGAAGUUCCGCAGUCUUGGGCAUCAAUACUGGGAUCAACUGUUAGUUGCUUUUAAAAGCCGCAAAAGUGGAGUGGGGGUGGGGGCCGGUGGAAGCCUUGUUUGGUUCUUACUUUAUUCAAACUGUGUAUAAAGAAUAAAGUUAGCAGAAUGACACCAGACUUUUUUUUUAAAUUUUUAUUAAUACCACAUCAAUGUAAAGUUUUACAGGAACCAAGAUUCAAGCUCCUUAGUGCUACUAUAUUUUAAUGUUGCACGCACACACACGCACAGUUUCAAUAGUUUUUCAUCUAUGGGUUUUUCUUUAAAAAAAAAAAUUCCUGUGUGGCACAAAGAUCUGCCCAAUUAUCUAAACACAGCACGAACAGAACAAAAGAGCUAGGGGGUGCAGGCUUCAGUGCAGACAAAGUCCUUGGGAGGGGAAGCCCAAAAAGAUCACCAGUGCACUGACUUCCUGGGAGGGCCAAGGACGGGGCUGGAGAAUGCGUUUUCUAUGCCAUGACAUGAAAUCAGUUGAAAAUUUCAAAAGGAAAGGGGGCUAAGAAAUAGAAUGGAGUAAGGCAAGGAUACCUUGUACCCAUCUAAAUUCCUAAGUAAUUUCCCCCCAAAAGUAGAAAGACACUUUCCUUCUGCCGCCUUCUACACUGCAGUGCUUUGGGGCCAUCAAAGAUCACGGCCCCUACUUUGAAGUCACCGUGCAUAUUCCCUCUGGGUUAGCAUGAGUUACGCCUGAAGGAACUCACCGCUGCCUUUCACGUUUACUGAAUUUUCAUGCUGGAAGGGGAGGAAGACAGUCUCAAACGGGAAUCCAAGGUCCCCCAUCGCCCUUCCAUGUAAGCUGUUCUGUUGUCUUAAUUGUGCACAGAGCCCAUCAACACCAUCUGACCCUGCCGGCAGCCCUGACCUGGCUCCUGGAACACACUCAGGAGGAGCACCGUGGGCCAUGGCACAGGUGCUAGGACAUUCUAUGCGCCCGAAGAGAAAGGAGCCCUCAAAACAUCACAGCCAGCAGCUAGCCUCUGUUCCAACUGCCUAUGACCC